ACCCAAGUAAGAUAGAAGCUAUGGUGAAAUGGAGCAUACCAAAAAAUCUGAAAGAACUGAGGGGUUUUCUAGGCCUAACGGGGUACUAUAGAAGAUUUGUUAAAGGAUACAGUCAUAUUGCUGCUCCUUUAACAUUAUUAUUAAAGAAAGAUGGGUUCAAUUGGAAUGAUACAGCCAGUAAAGCAUUUGAAGAACUGAAGAUAGCUAUGACCACUGUGCCUGUUCUCAGAGUUCCAGAUUUUAAUAAGACUUUCAUAGUAGAAACUGAUGCCUCCGGGAAGGGAUUAGGGGCAGUUCUCAUGCAAGACGGGGGUCCCAUUGCUUACAUGAGUAAGGAGUUGUCACCUAAGCAUUUGUCUAAGUCAGUUUAUGAAAAGGAAUUGAUGGCUAUUGUCUUUGCUAUUCAAAAAUGGAGACCUUACCUUUUGGGAAGGAGUUUUGAGGUUCAUACUGAUCAGAGUAGUCUGAAACACUUGACUGAACAGACCUUGAUGGGAGAAGGCCAACAAAAAUGGAUAGCUAAACUUAUGGGGUACAACUUCAUAAUCAAAUAUAAACCUGGGGUAGAAAACAAAGCAGCUGAUGCCCUUUCCAGAAAGUUUACCUAUGCAGCCUUAUCUACAGUGACUUGUGCAGAUUGGGAAGGAUUAACAGAUGAAUUGGAGAAAGAUAAGAAGUGGAAGCAAGUAAUACAGAAGGUGAUGAUACAGCCAGAUCAGCAUUUAGACUACAAACUUAAAGGAGGAUUGCUUUACUAUAAGGGAAGACUAGUGCUGCCAAAAGGAUCCCACAGAAUUCUCACUAUAUUGAAGGAAUAUCAUGAUUCAGCAAUAGGUGGUCAUUCUGGGUACUUUAGAACAAUGAAGAGAAUUGCUAGUUUGUUCUUUUGGGAGGGAAUGAAAUCUGAAAUAAAAGACUACAUACAAGGGUGUGAAAUCUGUCAAAGGAACAAGUACCAAGCUCUGAAACCAGCAGGAUUACUGCAGCCUUUACCUAUACCCAAUCAUGUGUGGACUGAUAUUAGCAUGGACUUCAUUGGUGGGUUGCCAAAAUCUCAAGGUAUGGAUACUAUUAUGGUGGUGGUGGACAGAUUGACAAAAUUUUCACAUUUCAUACCUUUGGCACACCCCUUCAAUGCCAAAGAUGUGGCUGAAAGUUUUGUGCAGGAGGUAGUAAAGAUCCAUGGAUUUCCAAAAUCAAUUGUUAGUGAUAGAGAUAGUAUCUUCUUGAGCUCCUUCUGGUCAGAAUUGUUCAAACUAGCUGGAACCACACUCAAGUACAGUACUGCAUAUCACCCUCAAAGUGAUGGGCAGACGGAAGUGGUGAACAGAUGCUUAGAGACUUAUUUGAGGUGUUUGUCUGGAAGCAAGCCUAGACAAUGGGUGAAAUGGCUUCCUUGGGCUGAAUAUUGGUUCAAUACAAACUAUCACAGCUCUUUGAAGAGUACUCCUUAUCAAGCUUUGUUUGGGCAGCAGCCUCCAAGUAUCAUCAGGGGCAGGGGCGGAUCUACUAAGAGUGUAUGGGGGGCAGCUGCCCCCAAUAAAGGCCCACUAAUUUCCUCUAAUUUCUUUAUAAAUAUUAAAAGCUCAAAUAUUUGCCCCCAAUACAAAAAACUGAUUGCCCCCAAUUAACCCACGAUCCUCUUGCCCGCCCAGAAUCCAAGAGGCAACAGUUAUCCUGCCUGGCUGCCCCCAAUAAGAUAUAAUCCUGGAUCCGCCACUGAUCAGGGGUGAUGUAAAUCUAACUGCAGUAGAAGAAGUGGCAAGGUUGACUGCAGAAAGGAAUAAUAUGCUAUCUGAACUGAAGGAGAAUUUGGCCAAGGCUCAGAAUAUGA